CAAGGUUGAACGACUUAACCCCACUGUCAAUUUACACCCUCACCAUCCCCCGUCGUAACAGCCGACAGUCUUCGCAAAGUCAUCUAAACAACAAGCACUGUCGCGACAACGAGGAUGUUCUCCACUCUUUGGUGAAUAUCACAUCUCAACUCCAAAAUCUUCAACGCAGUUACUAAUACGACGGACCUUGAUCCAUAUGCUACCGAUUCAACGUGGGAGUCUUGAAAUCUCGACGUGGCCAUGCGCAUGAGCGAUGUCUCAUGACAGCUAUCAACCGACUAGUACUAUGGAGCCCUAUUGCCGUUUGUCACCCCGGAACACGACUCGCUCAAGUUUGCACGACCCUCUCUCCGACUGCCGUACACUGCUUGCCAAUGCAGUGCCAGUGUCGUCACACACACGCAUCUUUGUAGAAAUCUCGCAUAUGACAUCUCGCACCCAAAUCGGUUUCUCUCAAGCUGUUGCCAAUCGUACAAACAGAUGUGUUCCCACAGCCCUUCAAUUCAUCCGACCCAUGCUGGAUUUAGACAGCGGAUGGAUUUGCGACGGAUCUGCGACGGAUUGGCUGAUAUUCUUGUGAUCGGUUGACACGGUGGGUAAGUAUCAGGAAACGGGUUGUCAGGCCAAGACACACUGCCUCAUAAACGGGAUCGCAUUUGACAGCCCGAUACCCCGGCAUUGCCUAAGUGUUGCCUUCCUCUGUCCCGUGUUCUUUCUUUCUCUCUUUCUCUCCUUCUCUCUUUCUGUCCUUCGUCUCUUCCUCAGUCUUGUCUGUUUCAUCUUCAUUCCGAAAUGCAGGCCACUUCACUGUUUUUAGUAUUGCUAGUUUUCCUCAUAUCUUCAGCAUCAACUGGCCGGGCUCUUCUGAUUUCGCCUCCUACGAAAGCUGUCGCCGGAUCUAAUGCGACUGUGCUUUGCACCGUUGAGACUGGGGAGUCGAUCGACGGUCUGACGUUCUAUCUUACGAACAACGGGACGCGCGAUGCUCUUGCCACCACUGUGUUGACCGCCGAUCCGAUACAGCUCUUGGUGAACAUCCCUUCGGGGCUAUCGGGAAAAGGAUGGAAGAUAUCUGCUGUAGACGCUGCCAAUCCCGAUGCUUUUGUCGGUCAAUCGACAGCGUUCUCUAUAACUUCGCCCCCCAAUCCCGGCCAUUUGGCCCUCAUCAUCAGUGUGGUUCUUUCUGUUAUCGUUCUCGUCGGCGUCGUCGCAAUCGGUCUGUUGAUCCGUCGCCGUCGCCAACAGCAGAGAGCCGCUGCCCCGAUUUUCAACAUCGAAACUGGAAUGGUAUCUGCUUUGGGACAUCGCCACAUCCCUUCCACUGCCAGCUCACGCUCCCUCGAGUCCCCAAAGCAAUCUCUUGAGCAAGAGAAGCUGCGAUGGGAGCAGCAGCUCGAUGCGCAGUUCGCGCGUGCGCGAGCAGGAACACCGGACGUUUCGCGUGGUCCCAGUCGGGAAGACUCCCCGCCCAGAGUCCCUCCCGUUGCUUUCACUCACUCUUAAACGACGCUCAUUUUUGUUCACAAUUCGGAAUGGACCACUGCAACGAUGCCUUGUAACGUAAAAUGGAUGGCCUGGACACUCCUGGACAGUAUUGUAACUUGCACUCUCAUAAUUUCUGGUAUCUUCUUACCGAUGUAGCUGUCUGUGUGCCUCUGAAUCUGUACCAGUACAAUGUACCACAUGUGGCAUGUGCAAUCGGAUUUAAUUAUCUCUUGAA